AUGCCGGUCCUCAAAGUCCCCUGGACUGGAGUUUCCCAGACAGAACUGAAAGUGUUUAGGGCAGCGUUCUGUACUAUGGCCAACUUUGGUAUGAUAGGAUUGCCGGGGUUCCUGGGACGUCGAGGCCUAUGCGACAAUUCUCUAAAAUAUUUAAGCUCUAAAAUCACAGAGCGAAAGCUACAGGGCACCUGGCUGCCUGCUGGCCGAGGGAGUCUAGAGAAACCACUCCCAGCCUCUUGUGGCUCUGUUGUGCCCAUGUUCAGCCCUCAGAACGGCCUUCACUCGGUCCAUUCUGAGAACAGCCUGCUGAAGCCCCGGGUUGUGACUGUGGUGAGGCUGGGUGGGCAGCCACUCCGUAAGGUCACCAUGCUCCUCAAUAGGCGGUCGGUGCAGACAUUCGAGCAGCUCCUAGCGGACAUCUCAGAAGCCUUGGGCUUUCCAAAAUGGAAGAAUGAUCGUGUGCGAAAGCUGUUUAACCUCAAGGGUAGGGAAAUCAGGAGUGUCUCUGAUUUCUUCCGGGAAGGGGAUGCGUUCAUAGCUACGGGCAAAGAACCCUUGACGUUGAAGAAUAUUCAGAUGGCUAUUGAGGAACUAUAUCCUAACAAAAGCCGGGCCCUGACCUUGACUCAGCAUAGCCGGGCCCCUUCUCCAAGGCUGAGAAGCAGACUUUAUAGCAAGGUCCUAAAAGGGGGGCACCACUGUGGGGAGACUGGGAGUGGCAAUGAGUCUGCCCAAAGCAAGGCAGUCAUCAGGCAUCAGGGAAAGUCCCCCAUGGAGCCUGCGCUGGAAGAUAAGGUGAGGGCCCAGAAGAAGUGGGUGAGGGGAAAGCAGGAGCCUGAACCUGGGAGCAAGCUGCCCAAAACAACCGCUCUGGAGGAGAGACAUGAGAGUGGAGAGAAGCACCUGGGGCUGGAGAUUGAAAAGACCUCUGGGGAGAUUGUCCGAUGUGAGAAGUGCAAGCGGGAGCGGGAGCUGCAGCAGAACCUGCAGAGAGAGAGGCUCUCUCUGGGGACCAGUGAGCUGGACAUGGGCAAGUGCCAGAGGUAUGAUGUGGAGAAACUGGUGAGGACAAGAAGCUGCAGGCGGUCUCCUGAGGCAAACCCUGAACGUGGUGGGGAACGAUGGAAGACUGACAGCCAUUGGAGUAGCCCCAGGAAUCUUGCUCAAGAGCUGAACAGACCUGGCAAGAACACAGACAAGAAAGAGAACAGAGACCCAGAGGAUCAAGCAAACCAUCCUCAGGGAGUAGCCAUGACCAAGAAAGAGCUUGUUGAAGUUCCUCCAGUGACAGAGGAGGGUCCCAGGGAUAUGAAGAAAGACACCAGGUAUGUUUGCAAGAACAAGCAUGGUAACUGUCUCCUGAGAGAGCACCAGACUGAGCUGGACAAGCUAUCUAAAACCCGAGGAGAAGAAAAGAAGGCAGAGAAGGAGAAGAAGCCAGGUGUGUCAGGAGGGAGGAAGAUGACUGUCAGAGAUGACACCCCUGCAAGGGUAGAGAAGGAGCCCAAGACCAGGCCAGAAGACAGCAAGCCAGAACGGCCCAGUGGCCGGAAGCUGCGGCCCGCAGGCAUCAUUGCCGCAGAUGUGGAGAAGUAUUACGAGACUGGCCGGGUCAUUGGGGAUGGGAAUUUUGCUGUGGUGAAGGAGUGCAGGCACCGCGAGACUAGGCAGGCCUACGCCAUGAAGAUUAUUGACAAGUCCAAACUCAAGGGUAAGGAGGACAUAAUUGACAGCGAGAUCUUAAUCAUCCAGAGCCUCUCUCACCCCAACAUAGUAAAACUGUAUGAAGUAUACGAAAUGGAAACAGAAAUCUACUUGAUCAUGGAGUAUGUGCAGGGCGGGGACCUUUUUGAUGCCAUCAUAGAAAGUGUGAAGUUCCCUGAGCCCGAUGCUGCCCUCUUGAUCAUGGACUUAUGUAAGGCCCUCGUUCACAUGCACGACAAGAACAUUGUCCACCGGGACCUCAAGCCAGAAAAUCUCUUGGUUCAGCGGAAUGAGGACAAAUCUACCACUUUGAAACUGGCUGAUUUUGGCCUUGCAAAACAUGUGGUGAGACCUAUAUUUACUGUAUGUGGGACUCCAACUUAUGUAGCCCCUGAAAUUCUUUCUGAGAAAGGUUAUGGCUUGGAAGUGGACAUGUGGGCUGCAGGCGUGAUCCUCUAUAUCCUCCUGUGUGGCUUCCCUCCCUUUCGCAGCCUGGAGAGAGACCAGGAUGAGCUCUUUAACAUCAUCCAGCUGGGCCACUUCGAGUUCCUUGCACCUUACUGGGACAGUAUCUCUGAUGCUGCCAAAGAUCUGGUAAGCCGGUUGCUGGUGGUAGAUCCCAAAAAGCGCUACACGGCCCACCAGGUUCUUCAGCAUCCCUGGAUUGAAACGACUGGAAGGAUUAGCAAGGUGAACCUGCAGAAGGAAGUAUCCCCCAGCAGCGAGGGCCGUGUCCGAAGCCAGCACAAGAGGGUUGUGGAGCAGGCAUCAUAGUCACUGCCUUGGGCGUCUGUUCAAUUCUAAUUCUGCUUGAGGAUGGAGAAAAGGGUGGAAGUCUGGGAGAGAAACAGAGAGGCUCCUGCGCGCAAUUGGAGAGUCAGGAGGGAUGUGCAGUAUAUUUUAAAACAUAUUUAAAGAAUAAACUGAGGCACAAUGUUAAAUGUAACAUUUUUAGAUUUGUAUAUUUAAAGCUUUUAAUACAAUUUUGUUGUUUUUUGGGGAAGAGUGGUCAUCAGUGAGGAAUUUUUGGUCAUCAUGAUGUGCUUUGCUUCCUCCUUGUAAUCAAGUUCUUGAUGUACUACAUGAGUGGUGCUUACUAGUGUCUAAACUCCCCCAUAAAAUUAUUAAGGUGAAUCAUGAUCUUUCCAUGUUAAUAAAAUAAGCUCUGAAUAACAGAGGUGGACCUGUAUUCUGAUUACUUCUUAAUGUUAAUGAUGAGAGGUGGCGAAUUAUAUUUCAGAUAUGUCUCCCAAAGCCAAGAUGACUACAUGUGAGUGUGGUGGACACUUGGUUAAUUGACAAGAUCUGUUUAUAUUUUGGAUGUAUCAGUGAAGGUCUCUAGCACUUCAUUGUGACCCAAAAUUAGAUCUGUCAGAAAAAUGGAAAAGAAGAAAUAUUGAAUCAUUCUCGCCUCUGCAGUGAUCAGUUGUACUGUUUUUCAGUCUCAUUAUCCCUGAGCUUGAGUCACUUCUACAUGAGUCUGGGUUAACAUCUUCAGAACACAAGGGAGCUGGUUAGAUAAGUAACUCAUCAGAGCAGCAGUAAAUGGAUUGCACAGAGGGCUUGAAGGAACUCCCAAGUUUGGGCACAUUCUCACCUGCAGGGCACACACAGAGGGUGCAGGGCACACACCGAGGGUAGAACACAUGUUCCAGAUUUCAGAUGACUCUGGGAAUGUGUGAGUUGCAAGCAGAACAUAUCCUGAUAUUGUCCACAUUGUCCUUUGCACUUUAUAUGUAACCUGGCUAGUAGGCCACAGAGAGGCUUUUCUCACCCAUACUCUGCCCUCUCUUUUGGAUUUGGAGUCAUCUAGGUGGAAAAGUGUAGCAUUAGAGAAUUUGGUAGAAGGCAUCCUUUAAAUAGGUUUUAGAGAGUGGAAAAAGCACAAAGGAGGCUCUGCAAUGCGUCAGAGAUAGUGAAUAAAAAAAGUAGCUUCCAUUCCUAGGUAGAGACGAGGGAAGAGGUUGGGGUUUUUAGAACUUAGAAGCAUGGGGAAUCAACUCCUUGUAGUGGACAUUGAAAUAUGCUGCCUAGAUCUUCUUUCAGAGCUGAAAGGAACAAACUGCUUGGCGUUGCUGCCUGACAGCCCUCGGCUACACACAAAUUGCCCAUAGCUGGGAAGAGCUGGCUUACAGACUCUUCCUGGGGCAGGUCACGUCCAGUAACUCAUUAUGUAAGGAAUGAAGCCUCAGAAGUUUUGCCCCAGCUGAAGACAACACUAAAGGACCCUAUAGCUUUCAAGCUGUCCUUGGCGUGACCGCAUCACAGCCCAACUUCUCCUUGCCCAGUUUUGCUUCUUCCCUGUCUCUCCGAGUUGAUGAACCCAAGAAUACUCCUUAAUAACCUUUUGCAUGCAAAUUUUGAUCCCAUGGUGGCUUACCAAGGAGUCAAAUGCAUGGCACCUUCCCGAAACCUGGAACUGCUGCAGAUGCCAACUGGAGCUUUAGGCCCAGGAGCUCAGAAAAGUGGCCCUGUGGAGUCCCCCAUGGGGAGGGUGUUGCCCAUAAGGCCAUGCAGUGCUACUCAUUCUGAAAAUAUGAAAGAGGCUGGAAGCUGAGUCUCAUUUGUACUAGAACAUCUUUUGAUAAAGACACAAGUGGCCUCCAUGUAAUGAAGUCCAAAGCAUAGUUUUCAAUCUUCAUGUUACUAUCAUUUGAUCCUAUUAAUCACUCUCUGAGUUAUUUCUACUCCUGAGAGAUCACGACUCUGAGUUAUUUCUGGAGCUCUUGGAGGACUCAGCCUACAUACUGCCUCUUCAGAGAAUCUGCCUCCCUACACACUGUCCCACACUUGUUUUAGUCCCUUAAUGCCAUCCUCACUAUCAGAAAUGAUUUUGCUUGGGGUUUUUUGUUUGCUUGUAUGUCCACUCUCUCCAUUAGAAUAUAAGCUCCAGGAGGGCAGGAACCUUCUGUGAUGCUAUAUUUCCCAGUUUUCCUCCUACCUUCUUGUCAAUUCCUUUGGAUCUCAUCAGUUUGGUUGGUCUUUUGGUUGCUAAAAGUUAUACUCCCCUCUUAAUCAUUCAGAAAAUGCCAGUUAAAAUCAUAAUGAAAUACCACUAUAUACCGAUUAGAAUGGUUAAAAUGAAAAGACUGACCAUACCAACUAUUAUUGAGAAUGUAGGAAAACUGGAAUUUUUGUACAUUGCUGUUGGGAAUAGAAAAUGGUACUGCUCUUUUGGAUAACAGUUCGGCAGUUCUGUGAAGGUUAAAUGUAUACCCACUAUAUGAUCUAACCAUUCUACCACUAGUUAUCUGCCUUGAAAAAAAAAAUAUGUUCUACAAAGAUUCUGCAAUAUUUAUAGGUGAUUCAUUAGUAGUAGCCUGAAAGUGGAAACACCUAGAAUAGCUAUACAUUGGUGAAUGGGUAAACAUAUGGUGGUAUCUUCACACAAUCAGUAAUUUUCAUCCAUGAGAAGGAGUGAAGUACUGAUAUAUAUGGACCACAGGAGUGAAUCUCCAAAUAAUUAGGCUGAAUCUAUGAAGUCAGACCAAAAACACAACACAACAAAAUGCUCCAAAUCAAACUAAACCAAACCAAAACACACUGAUUAUUCCAUUUAUAUGCAUUCUACAAGAUACAAACUAAUCUGUAAUGACAGGCAGAUCAGGUGGUGCCCUGGGGCAGAUGUGGGGAGAGGAGGGAAAGAAGGACUACAAAGGGACACAUUGGGAAUGAUGGGCUUUUACAUUAUCUUGAAUGUAGUAUUAAUUCACAGGUGUAUACAUCUCAAAACAGUAAACUGAAUAGUUUCGGUAU